CACUAGCAAGCACUUUUUUUGGCAUAGAGACGCCAGAAAGGCGCGCAGACUGCUCCGUUUUCUCAUUUGGUAGCCCUCAGACUCACUAUUGCAGCAGCGAUCGCGAAACCGCGUUGAGAUACUCGCUACACAGCCCUGCCCAGGCGCCCACGCGCAGCAAAUGUCCGACGACUCGAGCGACGACUCAUUAGGCGGCAGCGACGAUGAAGGCGCGCCGACGUCGCAGAACCUGCUCGCGAGCUUCUACGGCAUCGAAAAAACACCAGUAAAAGACGACGACGACGACGCCGAGCCCGCCGAGCCCCUAGAUAGAACUGAUUUCGAAGCCAAAACUUAUGUCGAAGAAUUGCUAAGGAGGCAGCCCCUGGAUCGCUUGUUAGAACGGGACGCUGCUCUAAGACGAGAAACGCGGACGCUCGGUUCCGAUUUGCAGGCACUGGUCUACGAAAACUACUCCAAGUUCAUCGCGGCCACGGAGACGAUCCAAGAAAUGAAUAGUAAUGUAGGCGCCAUGGAGGCCGGCGUCGCGUGCUUAGAUGCGACGCUGUGUGACGUCGACGCUCUCGCGAAGCAAGUCAACGGCUCGCUGGCGGACAAGCGUUCGCAAAUAGACACGCUCGUGCGCUCGCGUCGCUUGCUGAAGCGGCUGGAGUUCCUCUUCGAACUCCCGAAGAAGCUGGAGGUUGCGGUGAGCGAAGGGCGCCACGAGGACGCCGUCUCGAUGUAUGAGGCCGCGGACGCGGUAUUAUCUUCCCAUGGACACGUGGCGUCGCUGCGGGACAUCCAUGACGAUGCGCGGCGCAUCGUCACUUCUCUCAAGGGCGACCUGCAGGUCUUUGACGACACAUUGGCGGCUUCGGGCCAUCUCGCGGCGCGCGUGCGGCUGCUCACAAAGGUCGGCGACGCGGAGGACGCUUCGAAGGCUCGGGCCGCGGCGGCGGACUGCGCCGAUCGUUAUUUGUGUGGUGUGUUGGACGACGCUUUACGAAACGACGACGCGUCCCUUUCGUUGGAAAGGAGGGUUACAAUGCUCUCUGAUAAAUUCUGCGGGCCGCGCGACGCUAUUGUAGGUCAAUUGGACGGCGUCGUGGAGCUGCCCUCCGGGCCCACGGCCAAAUUCGUGGACCAGGUGCAGAAAAUGGUCUCAAAUUCAACGGACUACGGCGACGUUGCCCUCGCGUUAAGAGCUGCGGUCGCCGUCGACCCGGAACGCGUUUCUGCGGUCGCUGCUACAAUUGCGGCGAAGGCGCACGACGCUUCGGAAAGGGAGCUCGAGAGCGCCUCGACCAAGGCCCUCGACGACCUCGCCGCUUCUACAGAAUCGGACGACGCCCAAGCCUUGAGGAGCGCGCCGACGAACGCGGACGUGGCUUUGAGACGAGCGGCGCGGUCCCUGCGCGAGCGCGCCGCGCCGCUCGAGCCGUUCCUAUCGAAGGAGGACUCCGUUUCUAAGAGAACCGCGAAAUCCGAGGCGUGGCUCCGAUCUAUGAUCGAGGCGCGCGGCGGCUUGCAACCGUCGACGAUCGUGGCGCUCGCGGCGCUGUGCCGGUUGCGCGGCGACGACGCGUUGUCCACUGACCUCCUGGAGCGGCACGUCGCGGUCGUCGGCGAAGAUUUAGAUCAGAAGGCGCAAGACGCCAUCGCCACCAUAUCUGUGAAUGACGGUCCCGCUUCAUACAUAGACGCCUGCGUCUCCAUGAUCGCGGCCGCCUCAAAACGCGUCGACGCCGCCCUGCGGAGCAAGACUCACGUGGCGGAAAUCGAGAUAAGCGACGACGCCGUCGACCGGCGCGCGCGUUCAUUAAGAACGCCGCGCGCGUCCGGCGCGGCCGCGCGGUCGGGCGUCGAAAUGGACGUCGAGAAGUUAUUUGCCAAGGAGGCGACCGCGGGCGAGAGCGUUGCCGACGACGUGACGACGGGCGUCGGCCUCGCGGCGGCGCUGCUGUCACGCUUCGCGGCCGCGCUCGCCGCGUCCGUCCGGACGCGCUCUCUGUCGCGCGACGAGUACGCGCAGCUCGAGCGGGACGGCCGGCGGCUCCACGCCGUGCUGCCGCGGUACGUGCGCGACGAUCGACUGCGGGGCGUCGAGCGGGGCGUCAUGGAGUUUCUGGAGGAGGCGGCGGAGCGGGUGACCGGCGCGGCGGCGAAUGGCGGGAGUAAUAAUGGUGAGUAA